AUGAUGAUAUUAUUACAUAGUUUAAGUUUUCUUCUAUUAAUCUUAACAAUUAAAUAUUGUUCAAGUUUAAUUUGUUAUGAAUGUAAUGAAAUUGUGAUAACAUCUUCAAAUUUAACAACACCAUCUGGCUGUACGAAAAUGAAUGUAGACAAAACAUAUUGUACAAUAACAAUUGUUCUUCAUAAUAAUGAUAUAGGUUAUUUAAAUGUUGAAUCAGAAACAGCUCAUCAAGCAUUUGGUUAUAAUGAAGAUUUUGUUUUACUUGGUUUAACAGUAAAAAAUAAUGGAUCAUAUGAAUAUGGUUUAACUUAUCAUUGUUUAACAGAUGGAUGUAAUGAACCAAAACUGAGUAAAAUUCAAUUAUUAUUUAAUUCAACUAUCAUAGAUCAUUAUACAAACAAUAUUAUACAUGAAUUAUAUACAAUAACACCUGAAAUACCAUUAAUAUGUUCAAAUUAUACAAAUUCUACAACUCCUGAUAAAUGUUUUUCACAUGAUCAUAAGCGUGCUGUAUGUGUGACAUGUGUAGCCUCGAUUGAUGGAAUAACAAAUUCAGUAUGCAUGGAUUGUUUAACAACUAGUGAUCUCUCUACUCUUCUUCGUGAUGAACGAGCAUAUAUGUUAAAAACAAGAAAUACAACUAAUCAUAAUUUUGAAUUACAUUGUAAUAAACCAUAUUGUAAUCGAAUGGAUAGCAUUGAACGAGUUAAACAUUUAUAUCGUUAUAAUUUUGAUUAUGAUAAAUUUCCGCCAAAUUCAACAUCGAAUUUGACAUUAUACAACAAAAACAUUAUUUUUUGUUUUAUCUUUAUUUUAUUUAUUUGGAAUAAAUUUUGA